AUGGCUGGUGACGCUUCUGCUGGUGCUAAGCUCUUCAAGACUCGUUGUGCUCAAUGUCACACCGUUGAAGAAGGUGGACCUCACAAGGUCGGUCCUAACCUUCACGGUCUCUUUGGCCGUAAGUCUGGUCAAGCCGCUGGCUACUCUUACACUCAAGCCAACAUCGAUAAGGGUGUUACUUGGGAUGAACAAACCCUUAACGACUACCUUGUUAACCCCAAGAAGUACAUCCCUGGUACCAAGAUGGCCUUUGCUGGUUUCAAGAAGGAAAAGGAUCGUGCCGAUGUUGUUGCUUACUUGAAGGAGAGCUGCUAA